UUUUUGGGAUCUGGGUCCUUACUACUGUGGAGGGACUCUCCAGGUUUCUCCCAUCGUUUUCGGCCUCCCCUCCACUGACAGCAGGAACCCCAAGCGGAUACCAAGACACCGUGUCGCUGGAAAUGGAGCCUGUGACCUUUGAGGGUGUGGCUGUGCACUUCACCAUGGAGGAGUGGGCCAUGCUGGAUCCAUCCCAGAAGGAGCUCUACAAAGAUGUGCUGAAGGAAAUAUUGAGAAACAUGAUCUCUAUAGGAAACAUAAGGAAAUACCAAAAGAUUGAAAAUUCUGGCAUAAAGCUAAGGUAA